AUGAAGCUCGCGUCGGCUUCGCUGGCUGCGUUUGCGCUGCUGGCGGGGGAUCUGGUCGAUGCGGCCAACUGGGACGUGACGGUGGGCAAGGGGGGCAAGCUCAAGUUUGACCCGGAAACAAUCACCGCGCGGACGGGCGAUACGGUGACGUAUCAUUUCUUCUCAAAAAACCAUACAGUUACGCAGUCGUCGUUUGACAAGCCCUGUCAACUCCUCGAGAAAGGCGGCUUCUUCUCCGGUUUCACGCCGACCACCUCUGACAGCGUGGAGGCGCCGACUACCUUCACCAUCACCGUCAACGAUACCAAGCCAGUGUGGGUGUACUGCUCACAAACCACCGGCAACCACUGCCAGAGCGGGAUGGUCCACGCCAUCAACGCACCGAUCACGGGAAACACCUUCGAUGCGUACAAGGAGAAAGCCAAAGGCGCGCCGACGAGCGCGUCCCCUGCAAAUGGCCUGCCUGUGGGCGGCACGCGAGUGCUGCAUGUCGAAGUUGGCCUGAAUGGCCUGGCCUUCACGCCUAACAACGUCACCGAGCUGCCUGGGACUGUCGUCGAGUUCAGCUUCAAUCCCAAGAACCAUUCCGUCGUCCAGUCCAGCUUCGGCAACCCGUGCCAGCCGCUUGACGGAGGCGGUUUCAGCAGCGGCUUCAUCCCGACAUUGUCACCCAAUCCUGGCGUCCAAUUCCAGAUCGUCAUCAAUGACACCAAGCCCAUAUGGUACUAUUGCGCGCAGACCACUGGCAACCACUGCCAGAGCGGCAUGGUCGGCAGCAUCAACGCCGCUCUCACUGGGGACAAGACGUUUGACGCAUUCAAGAUCAUCGCCUCAAAGGCAACGCCCCCGAGCACGAUCCCUCCCCAGGCGCCGAUUGGCGGUUCCCUCAGUGUCAACGGCAGCGUCAUCACGUCACUGAACGGCAAUGUUCUCGAGCUCACCGCCUGGAAGGACUACAUCUCGCAAAUCCCCAAGCCCGGCGACAAUGACCAGUGGAUGAUGGGCGCAGCGGGCGGCGGCGCCAUCGCCAACUACAACUGGGGCAACAAGACCCUAUCCGACGAUGCCACUCGUCGAUUGCAGCUGCUGCAGUACAUGGACAACGCGCUGCUCGUCUACUUGACCACUGGCGUCGGUAAGCUUACCGACGGUGAGUGGGAGAACGUCUAUCCUCAGACCAUUGUCAGCAUCUUCGAGUCCAUGGGAGCGCAGGCCUACUUCCAUCGCUCGACGGCCAGCGACAUCUUGCAGAACUUCAAUAAGACCAUGCCUGCUGUUUGUCAAUACAACUGGUCCGGCUCUUCCGUCGACGACUACGUCCAGGCCGUACUCACGCUGAUCAUGCUGGAGAUUGGUCUCCUCCUCGACACCGUGACGACGGCGUCUUCGACGGACCCCUGGCUGGCGCCGUGCCUGGCAUCGGCCAUCGGGGCCAAGUCCCGCAUGGCCGGCGUCAUCGGCCUCAUGCAGAACCACACUGCCGCACCGGCACCUCGCGAGGUGGCUCUCUCUCCGAACCUGGUGUAUUCCUACCUCCAGAAGAACUAUAUCCACUCCUGCCCGUCUGAGACCGCUCUGCAAUGGAACACGCCGUUGCCCCAGUUGGUCAUCACCGGGCGGGUCAAUGAUCCCGCGACAGGUCGCCUUACGACGAUCCAGGUGUCUCUUGACGAGAGCGACAAGGAGCGCUACCUCGCGUUUCUUGGGCCGUGGGGCCAGGUUCUCUACUCGCCACUCAGCAAGGAUGGGACGGCCGAGGUGCCUGUCGAUCUCUACGCCUACGUAUGGAUCGUCGCGACGCAUGAGAAGGACAUGACGCUCCGUGACUUAUACAGCAGCUCACUCGCGGGACCAGAGAUGAUUUGGGUGUCUAAGCCUUGA